UUUGUUUGCUUCCAGACUGUGACUAUGAUUUAAACGAACACAAAUUACAAAAUAUAUUUUGCUGUAGUUAAAAAUUAUACAAAAAAUGGCGCGGUAUAAUCAUUUACAAUUUCUUUUCAAAUUGUUUUUGCUGUUCAAUAUUUUAAUAGUAGCUUCUUCUAAAAAUAGUAAACAAAAAGUUAAUAAAAUUGGAAAAAAUGUAGGUGAUUACAACGAUGUUGAUGUUGAAAAACUUCUCGAUCAGUGGAAUGAAAAUGAUGAGGAUGAUGAAGAUGAAGAUACAGAUGAUCCUCGCUUAAAACCAAGACCAAAAAUCAAUAUGGAAGAGAUUUUUAAAGCUGGCGGUAGUCAAGAAGAAAUUUUAAAAGCAUCGAAAAAAGGACAACCAUUAAUGAUUUUUGCUAAUGUUGCUGGAAAUCCUUCACGUAAGGAGACAGAAACUGUUUCAGCUUUGUGGCAAACUAGUUUAAGAAAUAAUCAAAUUCAAGUUCAAAGAUACGUUAUAUCAGACAACCGUGUUUUGUUUCAGCUUGAAGAUGGUAGCCAAGCAUUUGAAAUAAAAGAUUACCUAACAUCAUUAAAUACUUGUGAGAGUGUAUCAUUUGAAAAUUUGAAUUUUCCCGGAAAAGGAGCCGGCAAAACAAAACUCGAGCUGUGACAAGCAAUAUUUUGAUUAGGGGGGAGUAGGUUAAUGGCUGGGCAAUUCCGGACAUGGUCAAAACGGCGUAAUAGAAUUAAGGUAUUUGAAGAUUUCUUUAAAAAUGCUGAAAGGGGGUUCCAUGCUCAGUUCCAGACGUGCAGUAGUAACCUUAACUUUUUCUGAUUGUUUCGUGCAAUUUUUUUCCUUGAGAAGCAUUUUUGUUGUAGCUACUAUGGAUAUAAAACCACUCCUUUUGUUGU